UGAAAUGGGCUGCAUAAGUAGUAGCAAUAAGCAAUUAUUUUCUUUAAAGAAAGAUAAUGUUUAUAACGUGAAUGUCUUGAGGGUGCAAUCUGAACAGUCGGUGGUAUUAGCAGGACAAGGAGUACUUGAAAUAACCCCAAACGAAAUUAUUUUCAUUGCACCCAACCAUGAACCCAUUUCGUGGGCAUUGCAACAUCUCCGAAGGUAUGGAUUGACGGACGAUGUGUUUAGUUUUGAGGCUGGUCGGCGCUGUACAACUGGUCCUGGAAUUUAUACUUUUCGCUGUUGGAAUGCUAAUCAACUAUACUCGAAAUUUCAGUGGUACAUAAAUUCGAUGUCAUUUGGUGUGGAUCGAGAUCGCAACGGAAACCCUAGUAACCACACAAAUGCAUUUGAUCGAUUAGAUUCCCACCUACAAAUGCCCCACACAAAUCAUUACCUGGAACCAACUUCGUUAUUAGGUUCGGUGAUCGAACAGAGAAGUACAAUAGAUAAUUCAAAUGUAUCUGAAGCACUAGCUAAUCUUCCUCCUAACUCCGAAGUUAUUCAUAUACCAACAACACCGUAUAGCAAUGUUAAUCCGACCAAUAAUAGUUACAACAUAUAUAUGGAUCAACCCAUCUCUGUUGCAACUGAAGAUAAUGCAUCCAAUAUGUGUGCCAAAAAUAAUACUGAGGACAUCGAGGUUAAUGUGAGUAAACUAUUAAGAACUUCAUCAUUGGAUGUACCACCAAAUGAAUCUGCCCCUGCUUUAACUCCAUUGGUAAAGGAAACUCAGCGAAUUUAUUCAAAUAUCGAUUUGUUUGCAGCGACAUCAAAUACACGCAAUAUUACGAAUGGUUCCAAAUGUGCUAUAUCAGAACCAUCAUAUGCGAAUGUUGAUGUUAGUUUCAGUAACAAAGCGCACACACCUCAACAAACAAUUCCGUUAAGUUCAUCGUCUGAACAAGUAAAUCUAGUACCAAACGGCACGGCAGUUAAUUACAUUGUGCUGGAUUUAGAUCAACCCAGAAGUCCCUCCCAGUGCUCACCAAAAACAACGUUUGGUAGUGGACAAUCACUAAUCGAAGAAAAAGCUAAUGCAGAUUUAUUAACAUCACAAGAGAAAUUAACCGAUGCUUUGUCAUUACCUUGCGGUUCUUCAACGAUGCCAAAGAGAACAACUAUAAGUGAUAUCCGAUCUAAUUUAUCCGAUACGAAAAUAGAUUCCUCUGGAAGCUAUACAAGGAUAGACUUCCUUAAAACGUUUGCUUUGAUGAAAUCAUCGACAAACUAUUCAGACUUCGAACCGGAUCAUGAUCAAGAGGAGUCUCGUAUAACACGACACAGUAAAUUUGUAAGAAAAGCUUAUUCAAUAAGUGAAUAAUAAUUUUUAUU